AUGGAGCGGCGGCAGGCGGGCGCGGGAAACGACCCGGAGGCGUCGCUGCGGGACGAGGAGGUGCAGCGCCGCGAAUCCCUGCGGAGCCCGACGAUUGAGUCCGGCAACAACUUCAUGACGCAGUUCGCGCUCUACGACGUCAACGGCAUUACGCUGCGGGGCGGCAACCGCCAGGCGUCGAGUGUGCCGCGCGACGGCGUCGGCGGCGGGCUGCUGCAGAUGGUCCCCCCGUUCGGUGUCGGGGCGGGCGGGAUCCCCGUCGUUCCGCACCGCAGGCGCUCGCUGCGGCACAGGGGCUCCGUCCAGAACCAGCUGCGCUUCGGGGCGGCGAAGCAGAACGUGUACGUAGUGCAGCUCGCCAGCGACGCGGGCGGGAUUGAGAUGCAGGAGGCCAGCCAGCACCUCCUCAACGCGGUGCGGAUGCGGGAGAAGUACAAGGCGGUCGACAAGGGGCAGCAGGAGGGGAUGGAACGGCUCGUGCCGCCGGUGGCCCUCUCCUUCGAGUCGGGCUACCUCCAGUUCAGCGACCAGCGCACCCGCAUCGUGUCGUGGGAGCAGUUUUACGACGACGUCACGGCGCUCUACACCACCAUGCAGCACCCCAUCUGCCGCCGCGCCUGCUCCCAGCGCCUGCACGUGCUGGAGGAGAAGUACAACCUCUACAAGCUCUGCAACAGCGAGCUGGAGAACCCCGACCGCUACCGCCGCGACGGGGGCGUCUUCUCCAGCAGCACGAAGGUCGACAACGGCGUCUACCUCGCCUCGAUCAUGAACCCGCAGUGGCUGGUGGAGUACAUGCAGGAGACGAUGGAGCUGGAGGGGGACGAGGUGGUGCAACUCGCCAGGGACGCGAAGGAGCCGCAGACGCUGCGCGCCGUCUGCGAGCAGCUGGACUUGGCGGACCCCGCCCAGCUGAGCGUCGACAGCCUCGGCCUCACCCCGCCCAACGAAAAGCGCCUCUACCGCUACGAUGUGCUGGACCCCGAGCUAAACCGCGCCGGCCGCAACAGCGCGGAGCUGCUCCGCCUCUUCCUCACCCCGGACACCCACAACAAGGGACGCUACUUCGCGGACGCGGUGCGCCCCAUCCUCGCCCUCAACGGCGCCCGGCAGCGAAGCAUUCAGGCGACGGAGAGCAUCAUUGAAAUCUGCGGCCUCUCCCCGGACGAGUGGGAGAAGGCGGCGAACUGGAUCCACGAUCACGGGCUCGAUGAGCACCCAAACAACCAGUGGCUCAUCGCCCUGCCGCGGCGGCAGAUGCGGAGGGAGACGCCGGCGGAGCCGCUGGAGCACUACCAGCAGCACCUCGAGAACCUCUUCCUGCCGCUCUUCAUGGCGACGUUGGCCCCGGAGGACCCGAAAAACACGCAGGUGGCUUCCUUUCUCUCCCGCAUCGGCGGCUUUGUGAUUGUCUCGGAUGAAGAGGAGCGCGAAAGCGAGUUCCAGCGGAAGCCGCGGCGGCCGGCGGAGGUCUCCUGGUCGGAGAACGUCUGCGACCUCUACUUUGCCUACAACAUCUGGGUGAAUCUCUGCUCCCUCAACGCGUUUCGGCGGCGCAAGGGGCUCUGCACGCUGCAGCUGCGCGCCAUCGCCGGUGGGCGCAGCAGCCAGAUGGACGUCCUCGUUUACUCCUACCUUCUCUGCGACAGUGUGGCGAACGGCGUCAUCCUCGACCACCACCCCGUGCUGCAGUACCUCUACGGCAUCCACCGCAUCGGCGUGGUGAUGUCGCCGCUCAGCAACAACGGACUGGGGCUUCCGUACAUGCAGAACCCGUUUCACGUCUUUUUCCGCCGUGGACUAAACGUCUCGCUUGGCACGGAUCGGCCGCUGCUCUUUCACUUCUCGCGGGAGCCCAUUGUUGAGGAGUACGGCACGGCGAGCCGCCUGUAUCAGCUCUCCGGCAUCGACAUAUGCGAGAUUGCGCUGAACUCCGUCAUGGUCUCCUCCUUUCCGCUCGCCACGAAGGUGAUGUGGCUCGGCGAGGCCUUCCUGACGGAUGGGCCGAAGGGAAACGUCUUUGAGUUCAGCAAAGUCCCCACCGCCCGACUGGAGCUGCGGCAGGACAUGUGGCAAACUGAGCUGCACAUCAUCGUGGAGGCGGCGCGGCGGCACUCGCGCGGAGACGACGCCACCAGUGCGACCUCCACGAUGCUGCUCGCCGCCGCCGCCGCUGCUGCCGCCGCCGCCGCCGCCUCCACCGGUGACUACUCGGGGGCGAGUUCGGUGACGACCCCCGCCAUUCUGCCGGCGAGCCAGGUGCCGUUUGUCGUGCUGGACCCGCGCAUCGAGUACCCGCGGGUGGUCUUCGUCGGGCCGCCGGAGCGCGACCCCUCCUACACGACGGCGACGCAGCUCCUGCACCGCGCCCUGGAGCUGCGGGCGCAGUACGUCGGCCUCAGUCGCCUCGGCGAGGUGAUUGACGGGAAGGACAUGCUGAACCCGCACGAGAUUGAGAACGCCUUCCGCCGCGACGACGCCUUUGACGAGAAUGAGUGGAUGUUCAAGACAGUCGAGGGGGUGCUGGUGCCGCACGAGGUGCAUCAGAUCCCGCGGCUGCCGAAGGAGAUGUUUCACUACGACGACUUCCGCGCCCACGUGCAGGAGCUGCGGAUUGUGAUGGAGAACAUCCACGUGCGCAACUUCGCGACGCGGCGGCUGGACCUGCUAGAGCACAAGUUCAUGCUGCAUCUCGCGGUGAACCGCAGCCUGGAGGCGGGCACCACCGCCAAGAAGGCCUCGCAGAACCGCGACUUUUACCAGGCGACCAAGGUAGACAACAACAUCCGCGUGGAGAGCUGCAUGACGGCGCGGCACCUGCUCAACUUCAUUGUGUCAAAGGCAAACAACAACGCGGACGACAUUGUCUCGCACCAGGAGGGGCGGGAGCCGCAGACGCUGCGGCAGCUGCUGCAGGAGCUGCAAAUCUCCCCCGACACACUCACCGUGGACGACCUCAACGUGCAGGUGGACACCACGCUGGGGGUGGCGGGGGCGCAGUACACCCCCGAGGGGCGCGACGAGCUGCUCACGCUGCUACUCAAGACCGACAACCAAAUGAAGGGGCGCUACUUUGCCGAGCUGACAAAGCUGACGUUCGAGAACUUCAAGCACGACCGUUUUACAUUCACGGAGAACCGGUUACCGAUUUACGGCGCCAACGGCAAGGAAUGGGAGCUGCUCUCGGACUGGUUUGACACCCACGGCAUGGCCUCGGUCCACAAUCAGUGGAUGGUGCAGGUCCCCCGCAUCUACAGCUACCUGCGCAAGCGCGGCAAGGUGGGCAGCUUCGCCGAGUACCUGGAGAACAUCUUCAAACCGCUCUGGGCCGUCUCGCUGCACCCCAGCAAGGACCCACGCCUCUUCCACUUCAUCAACCACAUCUCCGGCUUCGACUGCGUGGAGGAUGAGCGCCGCCCAGACGCCCCGCUGAACAUCGCCACAAAGCCGCCGCACGAGUGGACCUCGGAGGAGGAGCCGCCGUUUAACUACUACAUGUAUCAUAUGUGGGCAAACAUUUACUCCCUCAACGAGUUCCGGCGACGGCGCAAGUUCUCCACCUUCACCUUCCGCCCAAGUUGCGGGGAGACGGGGCCGGUGGACCACCUCAUCGGCGGCUUCCUCCUCGCCAACGCCAUCAACUACGGCGUCACCCUCGCCGACGACGCCCCGCUGCAGUACCUCUUCUACCUGGCACGCAUCGGCGUGACGGUGAGCCCGCUGAGCAACAACACCAAGGUCCGCGGCUACCUCGACAACCCCUUCCCGCACUUCUUCCGCCGAGGGCUCAUGGUCUCGCUGAGCACCGACAGCCCGCUCAUGUUUCACCACACGCAGGAGCCGCUGCUGGAGGAGUACUCCAUCGCCUCCAAGGUGUGGAAGCUGGGGCCGAAUGACAUGUGCGAGAUUGCCCGCAAUAGUGUGCUGCUCUCUGGCUUCGACACCGCCUUCAAGCGGGAGCGCCUCGGGGAUCUCUUCUUCCUCUCCAGCAGCCGGAGCAACGACGCCUCACGCACGCACCUCUCCGACAUCCGCGUGGCGUACCGCUUUGAGACCUACCACUCUGAGAUUGCGCUGCUGGAGCACAUCUGCGGCCUCGAGUUCCCCAAGGCCCUCCUCACCCUCAGCGAGGAGAGCGCCCGGGAGGCGCAGUUCCUUGAGGCCGACAAGAAGAAGAAGGAGGCGCCGAUCGGCGGCAUUAUCGACCCUCAGCCGCUGGAGAGCGACAUUGAGAGGCUACAGCAGCAGCGGUCACUGAUGCAGAGCCAACUAGAGGAGCUGAGCAAGACGCUCACGGGGCUGCAGCGGCAGAAUAAGCAGCUGACGGAGAAGCUGGCGGACGAGAUUGCGCGCGACCAGCAGGCGCAGCAGCUGCGCCGCCGCAGCUUUGAGGAGCGGUGGGACAGACUCAUGGAGUCGGAUGAGAAGGAAAGCUCCGCAGUGGCGAUCGCGAACCUUGAAGACGUGCCGCUGGGGCGCAUGUUGGGCUCGACGAUGAUGUCGGUUGCCGGCAGCCCCUGCGGCGCCGCGGCGGGCAGUGGUGAGGCGGCGUGGGAUAGUACCGCGGAGGACGCGAACAAGUUCAAUUCCCAGCAGCCGCAGGAGCAGGAGGAGGCAACGCAGAGCGAGGGCCAGCUGCGGACCAAGGCAUCUAUGCCGCUCGGUUCGAUGAAUACUGCGGGGGCGACGGCCGGUGGGACCAACGCCUCCAGCGCGGUGGGUGGCGCCAACUUCGGCACCCUUGACGCCAAGGGGAUUGCGGCCGUCACCACGGCCUUGGUGAACUUCCAGGAGAACAUGUGGAGCCGGGGCAACAACGACGGCGGCCCCCACGCCGCCCUGGCGGAGGUGCCGAGUGGGCAGAAAAGCAGGAGUGAGUUGCUGCUUCCACGGCUCAGUACCGACGCGGGCCACGCCGGCGUCAAUGGUGCCCCCCCGAAAACGAACCGCUCCGCCGCGAAGCAGCCGCCAGCCCCGCCGCAGCGCACGCCGCGGGGUGUCGUGCAGCAGAGGCCCCCCGUCGUGCUACCGCCUUUCCUUUAG